GUGGGAUAGUAAAGGUCCGCACCUGUGGGCUGUUGUGUGAACUUUAAUGUUUUUGUGUUGAUUUGCCACUGAAUGCACACAGGAUCUGCGCGGAAUAUAAGGGGUUUGAACGGCGUCUUUGAAGUGGACUGUUCCCAGGGUCGCCUGCCUGCCGCUGUUUGUGAGCUGUAUGCGGACUGCGCACGCGGGUCCGCAGUGGCGCUGUUGUAAUUUCACGUCACAUCAAGUUUGAUCAGCGGUCCGAUUGGACGAUCCGCAGCGCUGUCCUGCAUUGAGAAGCUCUCUCGCUUGUUUGCUCGUCCUGUAGCCCGAAUGCACCUCUCAGGCAUCGCGUGAGGGAGUCGGUGCGCAUCUGGCGGAUUUUGUCGUCGGUCUGGAUGUUACUCGUAAGCUGAAGAUUUUUUUAGAGGUCGGCGACAAAAUGCGGCGGCGAGCGCACGCCAGCGUCCUGUUUCUGCCGUGGCUGGUGCUGCAAACCCAGGCAGGCUUUCCAAACCAGAUCAAUAUCGGUGGUCUCUUCAUGCGCUCCACGGUCCAGGAGCACAGCGCCUUCCGCUUCGCCGUUCAACUCUACAACACCAAUCAGAACAUCACCGAGAAGCCCUUUCAUCUGAAUUAUAACGUGGACAAUCUGGAGUCAUCCAAUAGCUUUUCAGUCACGCACGCGUUCUGUUCUCAGUUCUCCAGGGGUGUAUAUGCAAUAUUUGGAUUCUACGACAGGAGGUCAAUGAACACAUUAACGUCGUUCUGCGGCGCUCUGCACACCUCCUUCAUCACUCCGUCUUUUCCCACGGACACAGAUGUGCAGUUUGUCCUGCAGAUGAGGCCGAGCCUCCGAGGGGCGCUGCUCAGUUUGCUAGCCCAUUACAAAUGGGAGAAAUUUGUCUACCUUUAUGAUACUGAUAGAGGGUUUUCCAUCCUGCAGGCCAUCAUGGAAUCUGCGGUGAUGAAUAAUUGGCAGGUUACAGCACGAUCGGUGGGGAACAUAGUGGAUCCGCUGGAAUACCGGCGCAUUAUUGAAGAAAUGGAUCGUCGGCAGGAAAAGCGUUUCCUUAUCGACUGUGAGGUUGAACGUAUUAACAGUAUUCUAGAACAGGUGGUUGUCUCAGGAAAGAACGGUCGAGGAUAUCAUUACAUCCUGGCUAAUCUUGGAUUCUCUAACAUGAGUUUGGAUAAGGUGUUUUCAGGCGGAGCAAAUAUCACCGGAUUCCAAAUCAUAAGUCCUGAUAGCCCGAUGGUACAGCAGUUCCUUCAGCGCUGGGAGCGGCUCGACGAGAGAGAGUUCCCCGAGUCUAGAAACACUCCCCUGAAGUACACCUCUGCACUGACACACGAUGCCAUCCUGGUGAUAGCCGAAGCAUUUCGGUAUUUGAGACGUCAGCGUGUUGAUAUUUCUCGUCGAGGGAGUGCAGGCGAUUGCCUUGCCAACCCGGCUGUACCAUGGAGCCAAGGAAUCGACAUUGAGAGAGCUCUCAAAAUGGUUCAGGUUCAGGGUAUGACGGGGAAUAUUCAGUUCGACUCGUUUGGACGGCGAUUAAAUUACACCAUUGAUGUUUAUGAAAUGAAGCCGGGAGGAGCCAGAAAGAUUGGCUACUGGAAUGAAUAUGAGAAAUUUGUUUAUAUAGUGGAGCAGCAGGUUACCAACGAGUCCUCCUCUGUGGAAAACAGAACCAUUGUGGUCACUACUAUUAUGGAAGCUCCAUAUGUAAUGUACAAGAGGAAUUAUAUGCAGUUGGAAGGGAAUGAUCGCUAUGAGGGCUACUGUGUAGACUUGGCAUCAGAAAUCGCAAAGCAUGUGGGCAUAAGGUACAAACUGUCCAUUGUGGCUGAUGGGAAAUACGGAGCACGCGACCCUGAGACCAAGACCUGGAACGGCAUGGUGGGGGAGUUGGUAUAUGGGAGAGCCGAUAUAGCUGUGGCUCCUCUCACUAUAACCCUUGUCCGGGAGGAGGUGAUAGAUUUCUCCAAGCCCUUCAUGAGUCUGGGCAUUUCCAUCAUGAUCAAGAAACCCCAGAAGUCCAAGCCAGGAGUCUUCUCUUUCCUGGAUCCGCUGGCCUAUGAGAUCUGGAUGUGUAUUGUGUUUGCAUACAUCGGUGUGAGUGUGGUUCUCUUCCUGGUGAGUCGUUUCAGUCCAUAUGAAUGGCACCUGGAUGAGAAUGAAGAGGCGAAGGAUCCGCAGACGCCCCCCGACCCGCCCAACGACUUCGGCAUCUUUAACAGUCUCUGGUUCUCUCUUGGAGCUUUCAUGCAGCAAGGAUGCGAUAUCUCGCCAAGGUCUCUGUCUGGUCGUAUUGUUGGAGGUGUGUGGUGGUUCUUCACCCUGAUCAUCAUUUCAUCCUACACUGCAAAUCUGGCUGCUUUCCUGACUGUGGAAAGGAUGGUGUCUCCUAUAGAGAGUGCAGAAGACCUGGCCAAGCAGACUGAGAUCGCCUACGGUACACUCGACUCCGGUUCCACCAAAGAGUUCUUUAGGCGUUCAAAGAUCGCGGUCUAUGAGAAGAUGUGGUCUUACAUGAAGUCUGCCGAGCCGUCCGUGUUUGUUAAGACCACCCCCGACGGAGUGGCCCGCGUGCGCAAGUCGAAGGGGAAGUUUGCGUUCCUGCUCGAGUCCACGAUGAACGAAUACAUCGAGCAGAGAAAGCCGUGUGACACUAUGAAGGUGGGAGGGAACCUGGACUCCAAGGGCUACGGUGUGGCCACGCCCAAAGGGUCGGCAUUAAGAAGUGCUGUAAACCUGGCGGUGUUAAAGCUGAAUGAGCAGGGCCUGCUGGACAAGCUGAAAAAUAAAUGGUGGUACGACAAGGGAGAGUGCGGCAGCGGGGGAGGGGACUCGAAGGAUAAGACCAGCGCGCUGAGUCUCAGUAACGUGGCUGGCGUGUUUUAUAUCCUGGUGGGGGGUCUGGGUCUGGCCAUGACUGUGGCUCUGGUGGAGUUCUGCUAUAAGUCGCACCAUGAGACCAAAAGCCUCAAACUUGCCAAAAAUGCCCAGAACUUCAAACCAGCUCCUCCAUCCACCGCACAGAGUUUCACCACAUACAGAGAGGGCUAUAACGUCUACGGAACAGAGAGCGUCAAAAUAUAAUGAUUGGAAGCCUGUCCCUUGCUGAUCAUGUGGUAUCUGGAUAGACUGUCCUUCUCUUUGAGUCGACUGCGAUUCCCUUUAGAAAGUGGACAAGCACCCAACCAAAACUCAUCUCAUCAGAACACAUCUGACCACAACCUGAACCAAUAAUCACGCGACAGACUAUCGGAUGGACCAAACAGCCAGCCAGCCGCCCGACCGCCCUCUCUCAGUGCCUUACUGAACCAGUGGCAAAACAUCAGAUCAUGCAGACCAUCUCAUCAAAGUCCUGGAGAUGUUCUGCUGGGUGCUGGGUAUAAAACCAUAUUUCA